ACCAAGGUUAUCAAGGAUAUAAGCGACAUUGAAUAUCGCUCACGUUCUCAACCCUGUUGGUCGUCCUUAAUAAAAAAAAAUUGAAACAGUGGGAAAUUACGUGACAAAAUAGCGACGCAAAAAUGCAGGGUUUAGUAUAACUAUACAAGAACACGCGCAUUCCAAUACCGGUCUGCAUUUUAACUAUGACCCUAGUGAUUAGUGAACACGUUAAGGAUCGAACUGGUUUCAAGUUGUGUUAAUAUAUCUUUCUUUACUGUACAGAGCGUUUCGGGGAUUUUUUUUAAAAAACAACCUUUUUGAUUUUCUAUCCACAUCUAUCUAUCUAUCGGACUAUACCAAAGAGUCCUCUAGCGUUAUUAACACGGAGGCGAAAUUUAAAUGUGAUUUUUAAAAGAAUCGUGAAAUUUGAUUCUUAAAAGAAUACGGAUUUGUGAGUACAAUAUAAAAAUAUUUUUGCUUGGACAGACAAGGAAAGGAAAUUCUGUGAUUUAUCUCCUGAAAAAAAAACUUACUUUCGCUUUUUCUUGUAUCGGCCAUAGAUGAUUAAACCACCAACACACCAGAACUUUCACACAGUAAUCAGGCACUGACUAUAGAAAAGAUGUCUUCUUGUGUAGUUGUACCGUCCGUUUCGUCCGUUGAGGAAAUAUCAACCGGAAAUGAAAAUGGAGCGGAAGUAAACAACACAUCCUAUCCAACAUGUCAAGCGCAAGUCAAUCCGGAAGCGGAUGUGGGAAACAUGCAAAUUUCAGACGGAAGAACAAGGGGGACAUCAAGGGACUCGAAAUGUGGAAUCAGGACGUUGAAAAUUGUGACGUCGUUGAUCUGUGGAGUGAUGCUGGGAAUCGGUCUUGAGAAAGCUCGAGUUUUUGAUCCAAGGAGUGUCCGAGAUCAGAUGGUGUUUGAAAGCUUCACAAUGCUCAAGAUGUUCUUCACUGCGGUAGCGACAGGUCAAAUAACACUAUCCAUCUUAUCGAUAAUCCCGCGGACCAAGCGCUAUUUUGAGGAGUCGUGUGUCCAGUUCGUGGCCUGUUUCGCAUAUAAGGGUGUUCUGUCUACCAUUCUGGGCUCCUUCACUUUCGGGGUCGGGAUGUCCCUCUGUGGCGCGUGUCCCGCCAUGGUUUUUGCACAGAUCGGUGGCGCUGUUCCAAAUGCAGUAUUCUCCCUCAUUGGAGGUUUGUUUGGUGCCUUGACGUACGGAAUGUUGGCUCACGUUAUUGAAAGAACAACGAAACCAAAGAAUCCUGUACAAGUGCACCAAAUUCACAAGAAACUUAAUCUGCCGUACAUAGCAUUGGCCCUUCCAAUGGCCGCAUUUCUUUGCGGAGGAGUUGCUAUUAUUGAAUGGCUCUGGCCAACCAGCAAAGACCUGGAUAACCUAAAUAUUGAAAUCAGCGCCGACACAAAUGUCUUUCAGCAAGUUGCAUGGCCGCCGUAUAUCGCAGGUAUUCUGGUGGGUCUGUGUCAGGUGCCCUUGGUGUUGGUCCUUUGUGACACCCUGGGUGGUUCAUCGUGUUACGCCACGGUGGUAUCCCAAUGGGUGGUCACUGAGCGGCUACAGAAGAUGUUCCCUUACCUGGCCAGGUGUAGGGGCGGUCUGGGAAAUUGGUGGCAGGUAUUGCUUGUGAUCGGAGUAACAGGGGGCGCUGUGAUGUCUGCGGGACUUUCCUCGUCGAUCGGAACGGUUUCGGGUGUUAGUAUUCCUGACGCUUUGGUUGGAGGGGUCCUUAUGCUGUGGGGCUCAAGAUUCGCCUCAGGGUGUACAAGUGGGCAUGGGAUUUCAGGGAUGGGGCUGUUUGCCUGGCUGUCCUUCCUGGCAGUGCCCUCCAUUUUUGCGGGAGGAAUAUCCACGGCGUUCCUGAUGAAAUAUACCGGGGUCAAAGAUCACUACGUGACCUACACUGGUGGCGUGUGAUUGGUGCAAUUUCAAAACCAAUUUUCAAAUGUAGCCAAUCAGCGCAUUUGUUGCUUCAAAGGGUACUGUGAAAACGUUUGGAGACACAAGUUUUAUUUCUUCCGAUUGUGUAAAAUUUUUGCAUGUCCGAAGUUUUGGAAUUUACAGAUACAGACAGGCAUAAUUUGAUGAUGUAAAAAAAAUAUAUGACAACCAAAGCAGAACUGGGAAUCCUACGCAAUGUACAAUUUACACCUGGAAACCAUUUUUAUUUAUUUAUCAUUCGUUUUCAGAUGAUAAAAACUCAUUCAUAUAAAACAUAUUUGAUAUGAUUUUAUCUUAUAUAUAAAUGUUUCACUCAUAAAGUAUUGAAUACCAUAAUCAAAAGAUAUGAAAAUACUGAAACGAGAAUUUACACUUACUUUACGAGAAUUAAAUUGCCUUGCUUUAUAAAAAGUAUAGAAAUGAUUAACUUAUAUACAUGUUUUAGAUAGAUAAGUGAAAACGUUUUUACAUGUAUUUAUAUAUGCCUUUCAAUAGAUUUAUUCAAAAUACUCAUGAAAUACUCAUAUAAUUUAGAAAUGUACAGUAAGAUUGAAAAAACGAAACAGGAACAAAAUGAUAUUUUAUAUUAUUUGUCUUUUCGCAUGCUGAAUCCACCUCUUAAUUGUUAUUAUAUAAUCUAUGUUAUUUUUGUUAUCGAUAUGUUAAGAUAUUACUGUUAUUGUUGUUAACUAUAACAUGCUGUGCAUUGUUAUUGAUUAAUGCUAUAUAUGUUCUCUAUACACCAUGUUUUAUACUUUAGUAUUAAGAUAAGAUAUCUUA